AUGGACAUUUCUCUCGAGGACCUUGCCCCUGAUGUUCCCGUUGUCAGUAUCAAGGUCUCAGAAAGCUUCAACUAUGGACCGACUGUUCUUCAGCCGACUCUUCAAGAGUAUGACGAAACUUCCAAGAAUGGUAGUUACUCAGACGUCACUGAUGAGAAUGGCACUGGGCUCAAGAUACCUCCCCCUCCUCCCCUAGAUGUCUUGGAAAAGUUUACAGGCACCUUUAAGGGCUUUGGCUUCAACACCAUCUUUAGGCCUUUGAGCCGAAAUCCAAAGACUAUAACCCAAUUCCCCAAAACUCCAACCGACCCAAGCACCAGCAAUCUACUGCAACUCAACCUGACUGGUGAAACUCAAGUGUUCGGCGAGCUACUUAAGGAUGUGCCCAAUCGUGGUUUGUUUGAUCAGGCCGACAUUGACCUCAUUGGUCUGCCAUACACGCAGUCUAUUGUCGAUGCAAUGCCGAAUCCAGAUGGGACAGUCCCUAAAAAGCCACCUAACCUCCACUUCGAGCCUGGACUCUGGAUGCGCGUGCCUCAGGUAGAGGACAUGCCGGAACUUGCAGCCUCUUUCUGCCGCAUGGGUUCCAUUCCACAUGGCACAACUAUUAAUGCUCAAGGGUUUCGGCAUGCUAUUACUUCCAAAGGCGCCCCCGAUAUUGAUCCCACCGACAUCACUCCACUCCUGAUCGAGCAAGUUGAAAUUCCUCCCAUCAACGAGCCUCACAAAACUGCGACUGAACUGGAAAAGAAACGAUUCGACAACCAAGACGCCGACAAAGACGCUACUCGUCGCCUUCCCCAAGAUCUAAGCCCAUUCAUUGCCAAUGGAACUAUCACACAGAAGAUCAUCGAUGAUCCAAACACUAUCCUGAGACAGGCCAAUGAAGGCAAGGAUAUUAUCGAGAACUCCAUGUUUAUCGUUUCGACUAAUGCUCCUCCCGGUGCCUUUGGCGGUGGAACAUCAAAUAUCGGUUUCAACAUCGGCUCUGAUGAGGGCAAAAAGACAGGCGCUUCGCGCGAGAAGAAAAGUGGCAAUGCUAACGCUGUCGACGUGACGGCUCAGUACUGGGUCUCCAAGAUCCGUGCUGAAGUCGAGCUUGAUCCUUCUAUGCGCGUCGGGCAAAAGGUUUCUCCUGCUUCUCAAGGCCCUAGAGAUGCCGUGCCAGAGUUCUACAUCGACAAAGAGGUUGAGAUUCCGUCAUGCAAGAAGACUGUCACUGUCGCGUAUACCCAGAUUCAGUACUCUCAAAUGGUCAUGCUUGAUUUCAAUGGAAUCAAAUGGCCUCAUGUUACUGUUGCAACCCUUGCUCCGAUUAUAGACCGUAACAAGCCAACACUUUCAUCUGCCAUGGAGUAUGUUAAAAAUUCGUCUAUAUGA